UAUCAAAGUUUAAUCAUUCAAGAUUAAACUCUUUUAUUUUACAUGAAUGACACAUUUCUUAAUUUAUCGAUCAGUAGAACUGCGUAUCAAUACGCAUGCCCAGUCUUGGAGCUAUAUUUAGAACACUAUAUAUAAGGAGCUGCGCGAGCCCGCUGCUUCCUUUUCGUUCUGGAACUCUAUGAGAAAGGUAGCUGCUGAUCAUAUUUUAAUAUUUUGUAAAAAUCUUAAAUUAGGUUUUAAUUUUUGGAUGUUAAUUGUAAAGUUUAAAUUAUUAUUUUAAACGUUAACUAUUUAAGUGCUCUUUAUAUGUCAAUCUUUAUAAAUCUCGUUUUUUGAUUGAAUUUUAAAUGAAAAAAUAGAAAAUAACCACGUGGCCCUAUUAUCCGAAAGGGACAAUACAGUUAUAACUUUUCCAAAUUAUCAAUAGUAUAAACAUAAGAAACGUUAACUAUUGAAGUGCUCUUCUUAUAUAAACCUUUAUAAAUCUCGCUUUGAUUUAAUUUUAAAUAAACGAAAUGGGAAAAUAACCACGUGGCCUGGUUUAUCCGAAAAGGCUAUACAUUUAUACUAUUCCUUAUUAUCAAUAUAGUAUAAACAUAAGAAUUGAUCAUUAAAAUCUAUAUACUGGCAAUAUUAUAGGCUGUUUAUAAUAAGACAAUUUGUUGUUUUUCUUGAUCAAAAUGCCCAAACGACGUGCGGACGAAACUGUGAGACUGGCCAGUGCUGUAAAUGAGAAAAGACGACAAGCACAGAGGACACCUGGCUCGAAUCCGAACCCAAGGCAAGAAGUUGUUCAAAUUGAUGACUCUUCCCCAACUUCAGGUGAAGUAAAUUUUCAAUCUAACAUUAUUUUGUCCGCCCAUGUUUCUCAAUCUAUCAAAGAGAAAAUAUGGUGCAAUAAUUAUAUAGAAUUACAGCAUCUGCUUCCUAAAGUUAAACCAGAUUCUGCAGGAAAACAAAAAAUACAAUUUGAAAAUGGUGAGCUGAUCCUAUGUCCCAAUGAACAAUCGCCCAAAAGUCUUGAAAACAUUGAAUCUUGGACAGAUGCUUUUCAUAUCUUUAUUGCUAUAUAUAUACUAAAGCAUCCUGAUGAAAUUGGCAAUUUGCUACAAUACAUGGCAAACAUACGACAGGCAGCAACCAGGCAUAUUGGUUGGGCCGCCUACGACUCUAGCUUUAGGCUGAAAAAAUCUGUCAACGAAUCUUUAAGAUGGGAGACAAUCGAUCCAGAACUCUGGAUGUUGUCCAUGCAACCAAUUCAAGCACCAGUUUUCUCGGAUAAUCUCGCGUCAGCUAAACAAAAUCCAGGAGUCUUAAAUAAAAAAUUAUAUGAGGACAAAACAUUUGGCUGGAUUGUCGGACCAUUCAAGCAACCACCUAUUUCAAAUUUGCGAAUUAAUGCUGUUGGGCUCGUUCCAAAACGCUCUGGUGACUGGAGACUUAUCACAAAUUUGUCAUUUCCGCCAAAUAACAGCGUAAAUGAAUUUAUCGAACCAGAUUAUCGGCAUGUCAAGGACAUGCGCGAUGACGCCAUGACCUGGCUCACAUUCCUUUCUGAAUUUAACGGACUCGCCAUGUUUAAUGAGAAGAAUUGGUCAGAGAAUACAUUUAUUGAACUCUACACUGACGCCUCCGGCAACAAAAAAUUGGGUUGUGGCUGCUACUUUAAAGGUCAGUGGUGUGCCUUUAAGUGGCCAGCCCACUGGGAGGAGUUUAUUUUUAGGGACAUUACUGUACAGGGUUCCCACGCUGUCCGGGAAAACGGGAAAUGUCCGUGA